UUGUUUUGAUGCAUUUGUGACGAAGGCAACGCAAAAACAAAGGCGAUUACAAUCGUAGCGCCACCUUGAAAACAAAGCACUCGCCUGCUUAUCUCUCUGGGCCAGUGAUUGCUGGUGGUAACGCAUUUAUUCGCAUUUAGAACUUUCGUUUUUUCCAAGUAGGCGAGACGGUUCCUUCAUUUCUAAUCUAGUGUGGGAUCGUAACGAAGUGCAAGUGUUUGUUUGGAGGAUUGUUUGUUACUACCAUUUACGCAGUAUUACGUAAAAUAAGGAAAUGAGGCUGCUGGGAGGAAUUGGGCCUCAACUAGGCUCACUAGUACUGCUGCUCAUAGUAACGGCUUGCAAUGGGCAGAUAUUUUACUACCAACCGGAACAGGUACACCUUUCCUUUGGUGAAAUGCCGCUCGAAAUCGUCGUCACCUGGAGCACAAUGACGGCCACGAACGAGUCCGUCGUGGAGUACGGCAUUGGUGGUUUGAUUUUGAGUGCUACCGGAACGGAGGAAGAAUUUGUCGACGGUGGAGCUGGCAAACACACGCAGUACAUUCAUCGGGUGGUGUUGCGUGACCUACAGCCUUCGUCCCGGUACGAGUACCACUGUGGCAGCCAGUGGGGUUGGUCACCGGAGUUCUACUUCCACACGACUCCGGAAGGUUCGGAUUGGUCACCAUCGUUCGCCAUUUUCGGCGACAUGGGCAACGAGAAUGCACAAUCGAUGGCCCGACUGCAGGAAGACACCCAGCGGCAUAUGUACGACGCGAUUCUGCACGUCGGUGAUUUUGCGUACGACAUGAACUCGAACAACGCACUCGUCGGAGAUCAGUUUAUGAAUCAGAUCCAAUCCAUUGCCGCCUAUACCCCGUACAUGGUGUGUGCGGGUAAUCACGAGGAGAAGUACAAUUUCUCCAAUUACCGCGCUCGGUUUAGCAUGCCGGGCGGGACGGAAAAUAUGAUGUACAGCUUCAACCUUGGUCCGGUUCAUUUUAUCGGAUUCUCGACCGAGGUGUACUACUUUAUGAACUACGGCCUGAAGACGCUGGUAAACCAGUACGAGUGGUUGCGCCGCGACCUGGAAGAGGCAAACCGACCGGAGAACCGGAAACAACGCCCCUGGAUCAUCACGUACGGUCACCGACCGAUGUACUGUAGCAACGAUAACGAUAACGAUUGCACGCAUAGCGAAACACUCGUGCGUGUCGGUCUACCGUUCAUGCACUGGUUCGGACUGGAAGAUCUCUUUUACGAGCAUGGCGUUGAUGUGGAAAUUUGGGCCCACGAACAUUCGUACGAGCGACUGUUUCCGAUCUACGACUACAAGGUUUACAACGGUUCGUACGAGGAACCGUACCGCAAUCCGCGCGCUCCUGUUCAUCUCGUGACCGGGUCAGCCGGUUGCAAGGAGGGUCGGGAACCGUUCAUCCACAAAAUCCCGGCCUGGAGUGCCAUACACAGCCGUGACUACGGGUACACACGCAUGAAGGCCAUCAACGGUUCGCAUCUGUACUUCGAGCAGAUUUCCGUCGACAAAGAAGGUGCUGUUAUCGAUUCCUUCACUAUCAUCAAGGACGAGCAUUUGCCCUACAAACAAUUGUUGGAGCGUGACGCACGGGAACGCCUAUGAUUCAGCGGCAAUAGCACACAGUAGGCUUCCUUUAUUAACGCACAUGUGUGUGUUUUUCCCCUAUUUAAAACAUUUUCUUUACCAAACCCCGUAGUAAGUUACCACUAGCUUUGCAGUUAAUAUGAAAACCAAUUUAUUUAGUAAUUGGAACUAAUACUUGAAACCACGUAAUAAACACGUCGGAGAGGAAUGUA